CCGCCGCCGCCGCCGCCGCCGCCGGGCCGGGACCGCUGAGCGCCCGCGGCGUGAGGCGUGGGAGGGAGCGCGGCCAGUCCGCCCGCGGCGCCGCCCCGUUGUCGUCGGUCUUCGCCUCCCCGCGCCGAGCGCGGUCCGAAGAGGCGGUUGGUGAAGCUGACUGAGGUGGUGGCCACAGCCGGCCUCUGAGAACCCAGUGCCGUAAAGUGGUCUCUCCUGUGCCGUCUCCCUUGGCAGGUUCUCUUCGCGGCUAUGGAAGGAGGAAAGAGAAGCUAGGGUGUUGCCGCACACUGUCACUGACGCCUUCCAGAGCUGCGGGCCUUCUGACCCUUGCUUGCCUGUGUUUUUCUGGAGCCCCUUUUCUUCCCAGUGUUGCCUGGGGUCAGAGUUCACCUGGUGACUGAUGUGUUUUCACUGGGGCACAUACAAGGUCACUUGAGCCUCGCUGCUGUUAGGAGCCUGACUGUGAAGCCUGGAGACAAAGCCGUCAUCGAGAGCAGCGUGUUAGAAAUGAGACAGACUGCCCGGGCCCCACUGGACACAGAUAGGCCUCUGGUUCUCAGCCUUUGCUCAGCUCCUUUUCACAAGUUAGUGAGCGCACAAAGCCUCGGUCACGUUCACAAAUAUGACAGGUACCUAGCAUCUAGCAAAAUAAUGGCAGCUGCUUACCUGGACCCAAACUUGAAUCACACACCGAAUUCGAGUGCCAAGACGCACCUGGGUACCGGUACGGAACGGUCCCCGGGAGCCAUGGAGCGAGUGCUAAAAGUCUUUCAUUAUUUUGAAAGCAACAGCGAGCCGACCACGUGGGCCAGUAUUAUCAGGCAUGGAGAUGCUACGGAUGUCAGGGGCAUCAUUCAGAAGAUCGUGGACAGUCACAAAGUGAAGCACGUGGCCUGCUACGGAUUUCGGCUCAGUCACCUCCGGUCAGAGGAGGUGCACUGGCUCCACCUGGACAUGGGCGUCUCCAGCGUGAGGGAGAAGUACGAGCUCGCACACCCGCCGGAGGAGUGGAAGUAUGAAUUGAGAAUUCGUUAUUUGCCAAAAGGAUUUCUAAACCAGUUUACUGAAGACAAGCCAACUUUGAAUUUCUUCUAUCAACAGGUGAAGAGUGAUUAUAUGUUGGAGAUCGCGGACCAAGUAGACCAGGACAUCGCUUUGAAAUUGGGUUGUCUGGAAAUACGGCGAUCGUACUGGGAGAUGCGGGGCAAUGCACUAGAGAAGAAGUCUAACUAUGAAGUAUUAGAAAAAGAUGUUGGUUUGAAGCGGUUUUUCCCCAGGAGUUUACUGGAUUCUGUCAAGGCCAAAACACUCCGAAAGCUGAUCCAGCAGACGUUCAGGCAGUUCGCCAACCUCAACCGCGAGGAGAGCAUCCUGAAGUUCUUCGAGAUCCUCUCCCCAGUGUACAGGUUCGACAAGGAGUGCUUCAAGUGCGCGCUCGGGUCAAGCUGGAUUAUCUCGGUGGAGCUGGCGAUCGGCCCCGAGGAAGGCAUCAGCUACCUCACAGACAAGGGCUGCAAUCCCACACAUCUGGCCGACUUCAAUCAAGUGCAGACCAUUCAGUAUUCAAACAGCGAAGACAAGGACAGGAAAGGAAUGCUUCAGCUCAAGAUAGCGGGCGCGCCUGAGCCUCUGACGGUGACAGCACCGUCCCUGACCAUCGCCGAGAACAUGGCCGACUUGAUCGAUGGGUACUGCCGGCUGGUGAACGGAGCCUCCCAGUCCUUCAUCAUCCGACCCCAGAAAGAAGGCGAACGGGCUUUGCCGUCAAUACCAAAGCUGGCCAACAGUGAGAAGCAGGGCGUGCGGACACAUGCGGUCUCCGUGUCAGAAACUGACGACUAUGCUGAGAUCAUAGACGAAGAGGACACCUACACCAUGCCCUCAAAAAGCUAUGGAAUAGAUGAAGCCAGAGAUUAUGAGAUUCAAAGAGAAAGAAUAGAGCUGGGACGAUGUAUUGGAGAAGGCCAGUUCGGAGAUGUCCACCAAGGCAUUUACGUGAGCCCAGAGAAUCCAGCUUUGGCAGUUGCAAUUAAAACAUGUAAAAACUGUACUUCCGACAGCGUGAGAGAGAAAUUCCUUCAAGAAGCCUUAACCAUGCGCCAGUUUGACCACCCUCAUAUCGUGAAGCUGAUUGGCGUCAUCACGGAGAACCCUGUCUGGAUCAUCAUGGAGCUGUGCACUCUCGGAGAGCUGCGGUCAUUUCUGCAAGUCCGGAAGUACAGUUUGGAUCUGGCGUCCUUGAUCCUGUACGCCUACCAGCUUAGCACAGCUCUCGCGUACCUGGAGAGCAAGAGAUUUGUGCACAGGGACAUUGCUGCUCGGAAUGUUCUGGUGUCCUCAAAUGAUUGCGUGAAAUUAGGAGACUUUGGAUUAUCCCGAUACAUGGAAGACAGUACUUACUACAAAGCUUCCAAAGGAAAAUUGCCUAUUAAAUGGAUGGCUCCAGAGUCGAUCAAUUUUCGACGCUUUACCUCAGCUAGCGAUGUGUGGAUGUUUGGUGUAUGUAUGUGGGAGAUACUGAUGCAUGGUGUGAAGCCCUUUCAAGGAGUGAAGAACAAUGAUGUGAUCGGGCGCAUUGAGAAUGGGGAGAGAUUGCCAAUGCCUCCCAAUUGCCCUCCCACCCUCUACAGCCUUAUGACGAAAUGCUGGGCCUAUGACCCCAGCAGGCGGCCCCGGUUCACUGAGCUCAAGGCUCAGCUCAGCACAAUCCUGGAGGAGGAGAAGGCUCAGCACGAGGAGCGCGUGAGGAUGGAGUCCAGGCGACAGGUCACCGUGUCCUGGGACUCCGGAGGGCCCGACGAAGCUCCGCCCAAGCCCAGCAGGCCUGGUUAUCCUAGUCCAAGGUCCAGUGAAGGGUUUUAUCCCAGCCCGCAGCACAUGGUGCAGACCAACCAUUACCAGGUCUCUGGCUACCCUGGCUCCCACGGAAUCCCAGCCCUGGCGGGCAGCAUGUACCCGGGGCAGGCAUCCCUCUUGGACCAGACAGACUCGUGGAAUCACAGGCCCCAGGAGAUGUGCGUGUGGCCGCCCAGCGUGGAGGACCCUGCGGCGCUGGACCUGCGCGGGAUCGGACAGGUGUUGCCCACACACCUGAUGGAGGAGCGGCUGAUCCGGCAGCAGCAGGAGAUGGAGGAAGACCAGCGCUGGCUGGAGAAGGAGGAGAGGUUCCUGAAACCCGAUGUGCGGCUCUCCCGAGGCAGCGUGGACAGGGAGGAUGCGAGUCUCCAGGGCCCGACUGGAAACCAGCACAUCUACCAGCCGGUGGGGAAGCCGGAUCCUGCAGCUCCACCAAAGAAGCCACCACGCCCCGGAGCCCCUGGCCACCUGGGCAGCCUUGCCAGCCUCAGCAGCCCCGGGGACAGCUACAACGAGGGCGUCAAGCCGUGGAGGCUGCAGCCCCAGGAGAUCAGCCCCCCACCCACGGCCAACCUGGAUCGCUCCAAUGACAGGGUGUACGAGAACGUGACGGGCCUGGUGAAGGCGGUCAUCGAGAUGUCCAGCAAGAUCCAGCCCGCCCCGCCCGAGGAGUACGUGCCCAUGGUGAAGGAAGUCGGCCUGGCCCUGCGGACGCUGUUGGCCACUGUGGACGAGACCAUCCCUGGCCUGCCGGCCAGCACGCACCGCGAGGUCGAGAUGGCCCAGAAGCUGCUCAACUCGGACCUGGGCGAGCUCAUCAGCAAGAUGCGGCUGGCCCAGCAGCACGUCCUCACCAGCCUGCAGCAGGAGUACAAGAAGCAGAUGCUGACGGCCGCGCACGCCCUGGCCGUGGACGCCAAGAACCUGCUGGACGUCAUUGACCAGGCCAGACUGAAGAUGCUGGGGCAGGCGAGGCCGCACUGAGCGGAGCCCGCGCUCCCGACACUCCGUGCACCAGCAGCAGGGCCGCCUCCGGGGCAGCCCUGGCGCCAGCGCUUCUGACUGGCAGCUGGUGGAUGAUCGCUCAUGCGUUCAACCACAUUUUGAUUUGGGCUCAUUUUUUGUUCUGUUUCUUGAAUCAUGGUGUUCAGAAAAGUCCGGAUCCAAAAUGUGGCAUUUUUCUAAGAGUGAAACUGUCCGGGAGAAGCUGUUAGGGUCGUGCAGAGACUGUGGUAGGAAAUGGCCAGACUCGCUGGAAGCGAGAGGAGGAGGAGGGGCCCCAGAACAGUGUGCGGACUGGACCCUGCUGUGGGCAGCACGCCCUUCAGCUGCGCGCGCUGCCACCACGUCACGGAGGGCGAGGCUGAGCGCCGUGUCUGGAAGACGGAGGCAUUUUAGAAAAAGCACCACAGCCCUUGCGCCUCGGCCUCCUGCUCUUGCGGCGGCUGGGAAGUGCGGUGGGAACAGCUGCAGGGCACACGGACUCUUCACCAGAAUCACGUGCCGUAGCCAUGUUCCCAGCAAAAACGCUUGUGCCAGCGCCCCCAGCGGCCCUGCGCAGGCUCUGAGCCUCCUGUGCCCUUUUCUAUAAUUUAUACAGAAAGAGGAAAGCCAUGCUGACUGCUCAGCCGUCGCCGGAGUACUAACCUUCCUCGUGUGUCUUCCCGGGGGCAGCAGGCCCUUGGAGAACUGCACCUCCCGUAGUUUGCUGGGGGAUAUAAAUUAUUCUCAGGAAGAAUAUACUGAACUGUACAGUGACUUUGACCUAUUAAACAGGUGUUACCAGUAAGGG